AUGAUGAUGAAAUUUACAAGUAAAGACAAAAGAGAAGAAUAUGAGGAAAAACUUUCCAAUCCGCAAAUUGAAGUGAUACCAUGCAAAAUUUGUGGAGAUAAGUCCUCUGGAAUACACUAUGGAGUCAUCACAUGUGAAGGCUGCAAGGGAUUUUUUCGGCGGAGUCAGCAGAACAACGCCUCUUAUUCCUGCCCAAGGCAGAGAAACUGCUUAAUUGACAGAACCAACAGAAACCGAUGCCAACACUGCCGGCUGCAGAAGUGUCUUGCCCUGGGAAUGUCUCGAGAUGCUGUGAAAUUUGGAAGAAUGUCCAAAAAGCAGAGGGACAGCCUGUAUGCUGAAGUGCAGAAGCACCAGCAGCGGCUGCAGGAGCAGCGUCAGCAGCAGAGUGGCGAGGCUGAAGCCCUGGCCAGGGUCUACAGCAACAGCAUCAGCAAUGGCUUGAGCAACCUGAAUAACGAGACCGGCGGCACUUACUCCAACGGGCAUGUCAUCGACCUGCCAAAGUCUGAGGGUUAUUAUAAUGUGGAUUCUGCUCAGCCUUCCCCGGAUCAGUCCGGGUUAGACAUGACUGGAAUCAAACAGAUAAAGCAGGAACCUAUCUAUGACCUCACUUCUGUACCAAACUUGUUUACCUAUAGCUCUUUCAACAAUGGGCAAUUAGCUCCGGGGAUAUCCAUGACUGAAAUAGAUCGAAUUGCACAGAAUAUCAUUAAAUCUCAUUUGGAGACUUGUCAAUAUACAAUGGAGGAACUACACCAGCUAGCAUGGCAGACUCACACGUAUGAGGAAAUUAAGGUCUACCAGAGCAAGACAAGAGAGGCUCUGUGGCAGCAGUGUGCCAUCCAGAUCACCCAUGCCAUCCAGUACGUGGUGGAGUUUGCAAAGCGGAUAACCGGCUUCAUGGAGCUCUGCCAGAAUGACCAAAUCCUCCUCCUUAAGUCAGGCUGUUUGGAAGUGGUUUUGGUGAGAAUGUGCCGUGCCUUCAACCCACUCAACAAUACUGUUCUGUUUGAAGGAAAGUAUGGAGGGAUGCAAAUGUUUAAAGCCUUGGGUUCUGAUGAUCUGGUGAAUGAAGCGUUUGACUUUGCAAAGAAUUUAUGUUCCUUACAGCUGACUGAAGAGGAGAUUGCCUUGUUUUCAUCUGCUGUUCUGAUAUCACCAGAUCGAGCCUGGUUGAUAGAGCCAAGGAAGGUCCAAAAGCUUCAGGAAAAAAUAUACUUUGCACUUCAACAUGUGAUCCAGAAGAACCACCUUGAUGAUGAGACUUUGACAAAGUUAAUAGCCAAGAUACCAACCAUCACUGCACUUUGCAACUUGCACGGAGAGAAGCUACAGGUAUUUAAACAAUCUCAUCCAGAUAUAGUGAACACACUGUUUCCUCCAUUAUAUAAGGAGCUUUUCAACCCAGAUUCUACCACUGGCUGCAAGUAAAGGGGAAGACGGAAUUGUCGUAUAGUCAUGGAAUGCAUCACUGUUAAGACAAAAGAAAUGUUUUCAUGAAGAACUUAUUAAAAAUGUCACUACUGCAACACUAGGAAUGUCCUGCACUUAAUAGAAUUAUUUUUCACCGCUACAGUUUGAAGAAUGUAAAUAUGCACCUCUGAGUGGGGUUCUUU